AUGGUGAACAAUCUUAUUAACUGGACUAUUGGCAGCGAUGAUCAGAGUGGUUUGAUUUGCAAUUCUGGCGGCGGUGGCUCCGUCUUUUUUGGACGCCCUCGCCCUAUCCUAGAUGUUGCUCCAUGGUGCAAGAAGCUUAUUGAAAAUGGACAUGGUGAUGUUUGUUAUGGCUAUCCUCCUGUAGUUUGUGACGAAGGAGACGAUGACGACGAUGGUGGUUAUGAUUAUGCUCCAGCAGCAUAA